AUGUUCAUUCCCACACUUCAAGCUCAAUGCGCCGACGAUCAGAUGCAUUGGCUGGAGAAAGCUAUGACGAAGCAGAUCAUUGGCACCUAUGCACAAACCGAACUAGGGCAUGGUACAAAUCUCAAAAAGCUGGAAACAACGGCGACAUAUGACGCGAAAACGAAGGAAUUCGUGCUGCACAGCCCCACGCGGAACAUCUAUGAAGUGUGGCGGAGAAACCUUGGCAAAAGUGCCAAUCAUGCUGUAGUGGUCGCAUGUCUGAUCAUCGAUGGACAAAACUACGGCCCUCAUAAUUUUGUGGUGCCGCUGAGAGAUGCCGAGACACACGAACCCCUCAAAGCGUGCAGCGGCCCGAAAAUGGCUACAAUGGAAGAAUGGCAGAUGGUUUCUUGGUUUCGAUCAUUACGAUCCAGAGAUACAUGCUUGAUGAAGCAUGUCAAAACGCCUGAAGGAAAAUACAUUCGUCCUGUGCAUGCUAAAAUCGGUUACUCGGCUAUGGUACACGUCCGUGCUCACAUGAUAUCAACACAGGCUGCCUUCCUCGCUCAGGCACUCACCACCGCUAUACGAUAUUCAGCAGUUCGACGACAAGGCGAGAUCCAACCUGGAAAAGGAGAAGUGAAGAUCCUCGAGUAUCAAACCCAACAACAUCGCCUAUUCCCACAACUCGCCCGAGCAUAUGCAUUUAUUUUCACUGGACAAGCCGUGAGGGUCAUCUCUUCCAAAGAGUUCAAAAGGAUGUCGCUCUGGCAAAGUAAUAGACGAAAUGGCCAGAAGUUGCACUACAUCACCUCCGGUCUCAAAGCAGUUGUCACCCACCUAGUCGGCCAAGGUAUCGAACAGGCACGUAUGAGUUGUGGUGGACACGGAUAUUCAAAGGCGUCCAACAUGUCGGAACUUUAUGGUGUGGCCAUUGGAGGUGCCACGUAUGAGGGCGAAAACAUGGUCAUGCUCCAGCAGUUGGCGAGGUAUCUCAUGAAAUCCGCAGAAGCCGCUAAAAUGGACGUGCUCUUGGAAAACUUGUUGACUACCUUCUGA